AGACUAAUUUUCGCCUUCCCUCCCUGCUAAGUUCCAAAAACAUCUUUGCAGCAACUCUGAAAGCUUGCUCUCUCCAACCUCUACUAAAUGGCUAGGGUUCCGAGCAAGCACGGUCGCGAUCAACCUCUGGAUUUCCAGGGAUUUUUGAACGACUUGCAGGAUUGGGAAUCGACAGUCAAGGACAAAGACAAGAAACUGAAAUCACAAGCUAAGAAAGGAGAAAAUAUGGUUGAGAAUUUUGGUAAGAAUAAAAUACCUGUGAAGAGAGUAUCACCCUCUGAUAAUUCAAAUACUACAAGGCAAUCUGACUUCUUGAAAAACUACAACUCAAUCGAACAAUUAUCAAGUUCUCUCAUGAAAGAAGAAAGUUCUCCUAGUGCCGCUUCAGAAAAAGAUCUGGGUAAUGAUUAUUUUAAGCAAAAGAAAUUCAAAGAAGCGAUUGAGUGUUAUUCUCGGAGCAUUGGAUUGUCACCAACUGCUGUCGCUUAUGCAAACAGGGCAAUGGGGUAUAUCAAAGUAAAAAGAUUCCAAGAGGCCGAGCACGACUGCACAGAGGCUUUAAAUCUUGAUGAUCGUUAUAUUAAAGCAUACUCGCGACGAUCCACAGUCAGGAAGGAACUUGGGAAACUUAAAGAGUCAAUGGAUGAUGCUGAGUUUGCUUUGAGGCUUGAACCACAAAACCAAGAGCUGAAGAAGCAACAUGCUGAAGUGAGAGCCUUAUAUCAGAAGGCGCUGCUUGAGAAGGCAUCUGGAUCACUGAAGAAGUCUGUGCAAGGGGAGCAAAAUGCUAGGAAGUCAAAAGUAGCCAUUCUUGAAAAUGCUGGACCGAUACAAUCGGUCUCAAAUGCUUCUCAAAAGCCAGGAAUCAGUACAAUACAAAAUGAUGAUAAGAAGGAAAUAUCUGGGAUAAAAGCAGAAACAAGAACUUUGAGAGCAGACAAACAGGAAGUCACUGCUCUUCAUGAAAAUGUUGGCACUGAAUCAAAGAUGGCUAAGAAUACUAAAAAACCUGGGAAACAGUUGAAGGAAUCUGUCCUAGAUCUUGCAACUCGAGCAUCUUCUCUUGUGAUGGUUGAAGCUGCAAAGAACAUCACUCCACCUAAUACAGCCUAUCAGUUUGAGUCUACUUGGCGACGACUCUCCGGGGAUCGCACUCUCCAGGUCAAUUUAUUGAAGGUUACGCCUCCAACUGCAUUGCCACAAAUAUUCAAACAUGCGUUGUCUGCCUCAAUGUUAAUUGACAUGGUUAGGUCCAUUGCCAUCCUUUUCAGUGAAGAAAUGGAUUUGGCCGUCAGAUAUUUGGAGAAUUUGACAAGCAUAUCAAGAUUUGACACAAUCAUCAUGUGUCUUUCAUCUGCUGACCAAGCUGAACUCGACAGUACAUGGAAAGAAGUAUUCGGCAAGAGUGUGACGCCAAUUGAGUAUGUAGAGAGGCUUGAAGAACUUCGUCCCAGAUACUGUUUAAAACAUUGACCAGUUAAGUUAACCUAUUUUGUUUGUUUGGAGCUCUGCAAGAUUGAAAAAUAAAUAUAUAUAUUUUUUUUUGGAAAAAUGAUGGAUGAUGAUGAUGAUGACAGAACAUGUACAUUUUUGAAAUUUUGUUUGAAAAUGGUUCUUCUUGUAACUGUUAGGGUUACCCAUCAUUUACCUUUUUCUGCCUAGACAAGUCAUGAUGGGGUUCAUUCAUACACAGAGAGGAGAGGGGAAAGAAAUAUGAUGAGAACCCCCACGUGAAGAGUUGUUUAUUGGGGACUAUUCAUUCCAUAGGAGUUGGAACUUGAAAAAUGCAAAAAUAGGUUGGGGGAUUUACUCAAAAUGAACCCAAAAAAAACGUUGUCUCUUUACACAUUGCUAGUCCGCAGUUCUGCUGGAUUGGUAUUUUAUUUUCAGACAAUAAUAGUUUGAGCUAGUGUCCAAAUUCAUAUUGCCUGCUUGCUUGCUUUUUUAAAAGUGUGAUACUUCAUUUCCAUGUUUUUGCUAAAAGCACUAAAAUAGGGAAGCAUGAUUUUUACCCUUCCACAAUUCACCACCU